AUGUAUUGCCAAAAGUGCCGCACGCCACUCAAGCUUGACAGCUCGCUCGACGAGCUCAACCCAGCUGCCUAUGACCUGCUCGUGGCCAACUCCUCACAGCAACAACUCAAGCAGUCACAACUGUCCAAAGGAUCUUCACCGCAAGACCAGCAGAGAAAGGCACUCUACGAUCGCGUUGCGCAGAAUGCUGCACCAGCCAUGUUCAAGCGCAACGCCGGCGGUGGAUCACAACGAGAUCCAAACAUGUCCUUCAUCUACCUGACCGAGUCCCAGGUCGCCCAACCUCUUUCUUCUCGCCACGAGCCCUCCAACACGAACCGACGCUCAACAAGACCGAAUAGGUCCACCGAAACAAACGGCACGCGCGAAAUGGCCAAGACACACGAGAUCGAGCGCAUCCACAAGCUGCACGAGAUACUGUCGGCGCGGUCAGAUAUUGACCACCCCGUAUGUGUCGAGUGUACUGAUAUGCUGGUGGAGGGUCUGCAGAAGAAACUCGAGGCUGCGAACAAGGAGAGAGACGCAUAUGUGGGUUUCCUGAAGCAGGCCCAAGCCCAGCAGCCGAGCGAGGAGGAUAUCAAGAAACAACAGCAGUCGCUUGAGAAGGCAAGACAGGCCGAGGCAGAGGCUUCCGCCGAGCUGCUUAAACUGGAGAAGGAGAAGGCAGCCGUAGACGAGGAGAUUCUCGGCCUGGAAGACGAGGCGCGGGCGUUGGACCGGGAAGAGGAAGAAUUCUGGCGCGAGCGAAACGCCUUCACGGCCAAGCUGUCCGAGUUUCAAAACGAACGAGACAGUAUCAACUCCAAGUUCGACCAUGAUUCACGCCUCUUGGAGAAACUACAACGAUCCAACGUGUACAACGACACGUUCUGCAUCAGUCACGACGGCACUUUUGCCACGAUCAACGGGCUACGGCUGGGCCGCCUGUCCAACAAGGCUGUGGACUGGCCUGAGAUCAACGCGGCGUGGGGCCAUGCGCUCCUGCUGCUCGUGACAGUGGCAGAGAAGCUGAGCUAUAAGUUUGACGGCUUUGAACCGCAGCCCAUGGGGAGCACCUCCAGGAUCAUUCGAUACGAGCUCCCGUCGCCUUCGAGCAGCCGGCUGGGGUCGCACCGAAGCGGACCUCCGCCGGCGCCGAAGAAGCACGUGCUCGAGCUCUUCUCCAACGGCGACCUGCCCCUCGGUCUAACGUUCAUGCAUCGCAAGUUUGACAAUGCCAUGGUCGCGUUCCUCGAACUCGUGCGGCAGCUGGGAGCGUACGUGCACCGCCAGACGUCAGCCGAGGGCCACCCGCUGAGUCUCCCCUAUAAGAUUGAGGGUGACAGGAUUCACGACGUCUGCAUCACGCUGGGCAUCGCGCAGGACGACGGGUGGACCAAGGCGUGCAAGUUGACGCUGACGUGCUGCAAGUUCCUGCUCGCCCACGCUAGCAAUGUCAGCUCGAAUGCGAGAAAUGGCGGGAACUGA